CGCCUCUGCGCUGACGUCUCCCCCAACAACUCUCCCAGUGUACAUACCCGUCGUGCCGCAAUGAUUUAGCCCGUCCCCUUCUCUACCCUCGUUUUUAUUCCCCAUUCUCCUCACCAUGGUCGGCCUGCGCGAAUCCACCGCCCUGCAUGCAGGCACUCGUCCUGACGGCCGCCCAUUGUCGGCCGGCGAGCGCGAGUCGCUCCUCAAGCCAUACCUUCCCUCCGAUGAUGACUCCGAUGAAACCGUGGACCCCGCCCUCUCCCAGAAAGUGCCGCUGAAAAAGACCCGACGUGGCUUUGUGCGCACUCAGCUCCACGUGUUCCUCUACACCAUCAUCCAAUUCGCCUUUUCCGUCUACCUCCGCAUACGUACUACCUACCAUGCUGUCGCCGACAAGAUCUUCGCAAUCUUGUAUUACCACCACCGCUCGCCCCAACUCAUUCGCAAAGACGUCAAGGACUUGGACAGGCUGCCCCAACACUUGAGCAUCAUCCUUGACUUCAACGACGACGAACAGCGAGGCGCAGGGCUCGAGGGCUUGAUCAAUGAUAUCAGCGAGGUGGCUGCCUGGUGUGCCAGCGCUGGUAUCCCGGCACUGAGCGUCUACGAGAAGACAGGUAUCCUGAAAUCGUAUAUCCCCCAAACCCAUCGCAAGAUCUCCCGGACUCUCGAGUCCUAUUUUGGCACCGUUCGCAAGCCUACGCUUUCCCUGCGCGCACCGCACCUGCCGUCCUUCAGCCCGCCUGUUACGCCGCCCCAAGAACCUGCCGACAGCCGCCCCGGCAGCAGCCAGAGCAACCCGCCGCCGCAUCUCACCAUUCUCCUCCUCUCCGCCGACGAUGGCCGUAGCACGCUGGUGGACCUGACCAAGACGCUGGCCGAAAUGGCGCAGAAGGGGAAGGUGGCACCGGCGGACAUUAGCGCAGAGCUGGUCGAUGCGGAAAUUACUGAGAGCGUUAUGGGAGAGCCAGAUUUGCUGUUGAUAUUUGGACCGAGAGUGCAGCUGAAGGGCUAUCCGCCAUGGCAAGUCAGAUUGACAGAGAUCUUCCAUUCCCCAGACACGUCAGGUGUGGGUUACCAGGCCUUCCUUCGCGGACUGCACAAGUACGCCAAGGCCCAAAUGCGCCUCGGACGGUAAAGAGCGCAAUCUUUCGGCCGAACCGAAACAUUCAGAAUACGGACUUCGCGAGACGCCUGAGCGUCUUUAAAUUAGGUGUUUUUGAUUGGUGCAACGGGGUUUCCUUUGGCAUUGUAUCGAUUGAAAGAUACCCAUUCACGCCGUGUCACUUGUGGCUAAACUUUUAAACAUACUGUUGUCGCGGCUUUUCCUUGCUGUAGUCUUCUCUUCGUUCAAAAGGGAUAGAAAAAGA